AUGCAUUCCUAUUAUUAUCAUCUAAAGUUUGAGCUGUACCCGACGCCCAACCCAACCGCAAGGCCAUCCUCGGAGGCACGAGACGAGGGCGAGAUCUGGCUGCCGCCUCCCGACGCCGACGCCUUCGACGACUUUCCUUCAUCUCCUCGGAAGAGGCACAGCUCGGCUCGAUCAAACGGCGACGACCGCUGGGAACUCCCGCACGCGACGGCAGCUCCGUUGGCGGAGGAGAGCCUGCCGCGGAACCCGAACCCGGCCGUCAUCGAUUGCGGUUCGCCGAGAGUGCCCGUCCCCGAGGGCGGCCGGAGGGCGGUGGUCGUGCGGGAGAGACAGCCUCCCGGCCACGUCGAGACGAGGCAAGCGACGGCGAGAAAGUCACAGGCGGCCAUCGGCGACUGGAGGUUCGGGCGGGUGAGCAUCGAGACGGUCGACCUAAGCCGACCGUACGACAUGGCAAAGGAAGCGAGCAAGGCCAGCCCGUCGGCGGCACCCUCGCUGGGCCCUUCCUUCGGCGGCGCCGGCACCGCGACAAAGGCCGAGUGUCUGCCCUUGGAGACGACCAGCACGGAGCUUGGAUGGGGCGUCGUGCAUUUCUACAGGGAAGAGGACGAGACGCCGUCGUUGGGCCGCCGGACGGACCAGCCCGAGCUCGACACGGAGGCUUCGGGAAAGGAGGAAGCAUCGGCGCCGACGGACGACGAGGGCACGACGCUCUGCAUCCCGGCCGUGCCGGCGUACAUGUCGCCGGGCGACUUCAUGGGCUUCGCGGGCGAGCGGUGGAUGAGCGACAUCAGCCACUGCCGCAUGGUCAUGACGUCGCAGAUGAAUCGAUACCUCGUCCUUUUGAAGUUUCGCGACGGCGAGCGGGCGAAGCAGUGGAAGCUGGCAUUUGACGGCAAGGUCUUUAACGCGAUGGAGCCGAAAGUCUGCCACGUCGUCUUCGUCAAGUCCAUCACGUUCGAGACGCCGACGCAGAAGCGGCCGAGUGCUCGGUCGGCGUCGCUGUCGUCGGUCGUCUCGGGCGGCCUCGGCCUCAAGCCGUUCCCGCCCCCCACGCCGAACCUCAUCGAGCUGCCGACGUGCCCCGUCUGCCUCGAGAGGAUGGACGAGACGAACGGGCUCAUGACGAUCCCCUGCUCGCACGUCUUCCACUGCGCCUGCCUGCAGAGCUGGAAGGGCGCCGGCUGCCCCGUCUGCCGAUUCACCAACGAGGCGUCAAGCCAAGGGCCGGCGAGCGAGCCCGACGGCGGCGCCGGCGGCCACUCGCAGCCUUUCGGCUCCUCGGCGUCGAACCUGUGCAGCGCGUGCGACUGCGCCGACGACCUCUGGAUCUGCCUCCUCUGCGGCUACGUCGGCUGCGGCCGCUACAAGGGGGCCCACGCCAAGGAGCACUGGAAGGAGACGGCGCACAGCUUCGCGCUCGAGCUCGAGACCCAGCACGUCUGGGACUACGCCGGCGACAUGUGGGUCCACCGGCUGAUCCGCGACAAGGGCGACGGCAAGGUCGUCGAGCUGCCGGGCAGGAAUCGCCGGACGAGGGAGGGCGAGAGCGAGGACGUGGUGCCGCGGGCGAAGCUGGAGAACAUCGGGCUCGAGUACACGCACCUCAUCACGAGCCAGCUCGAAUCUCAAAGGGCGUACUACGAGGAGAUGAUCAGCAAGGCCGUCGACAAGGCGGCCAAGGCCGCGGCCGUGGCCGAGAGCAGCUCGAGCCGGUCGUCCAAGGUGAUGGAAAGGCUCGGCGAGCUCGAGGACGAGCACGAGAGGCUCAGGACCGAGACGGUGCCGCAGCUGGAGCGCGACCUCGAGCGGCAGGGCGCGAAGGCGGCCAAGGCCGAGGCGCUCGCGCGCAGCCUUGGGAACGCGCUCCAGGAGGAGAAGCGGCUCAACGAGGGGCUCAUGAAACGCAUCGAACACCUCGGCGUCGACAACGAGGCGGCCCGGCGGGGUCUCGAGGAGCUGAAGCGGGAGAAUGCCGAUCUCAAGGAGAUGAACCGGGACCUUUCCAUGUUCAUAUCCGGACAGGAGAAGCUCAGGGAGCUCGAAAGAGAGGGAACGCUGGACGAGGGGGAGAUUGCGGGCGGCAGCGCGAGUGUGCCGGAGAAGAAGGGGAGGCGACGGGGGAAGAAGUGA